UCGCCACCAACUCUUGACCAGCUCGCCUACAUCGUCGUUGCCUACCUCUCCUGCGACCUCCUGGACAUUCGAAGACCCACUGAACAUUGCGCCGUACCCUGACUUGAAGCUCUUGCUUUUGGUGGCUGCUCGAAAUGAACGGCGACCCGGCUCGUUCACCAUCGCCUUCCGCACCUGGGCGUACUAUUGACAUCGAAUUGGGCCAACAUGAAGUUAUAACAAUCGAACUCGACAAACUGGACCCAGAUCCUUCAGACCUCGUGGAGCUGCUGACAGAGGGACAGUGCAAGGUGUCAAUAUGGACGCGUCUUGCCGUGGAAUAUUGGCGUCAAGGGAACUUGAGUGCAGCAGAGCAGAUUGCUCAAGCAGGCAAGAAGUCUCUCCAUGCCAACGGGGCGCAGGCAUCUUCCGCACCACUGUUCUCCCUAUUAGCAAAUAUUCAAAUGGCACGCGCCGGCUCAGCACCUAAGUUAAUUCUUUACGACGCUCGCGAGGACAACAUGAGGACGGAGAAGCCGAGAGAAGAGUACUUCAGGGACGCAGCGCAGAUAUUCAAUCAGGGCGAGAGGAUUGCCACCGAAUCAGGGAAGCUGGGCAGUACACUCUCAAUGUUGACACGCGGUGUCAUGCAGAUGGGGACGCGUGCCUUGGACGACGCACUCCGAUCAUUCAACAGCGUAUUGAGCCAAGAUCCCCAAGGGAACAACAUCAUCGCCCUCCUGGGGAAAGCAAAAAUUCUCUAUGCACAACGCGAGCAUUCUCAGGCGUUGAAGAUCUUUCAGACUGUUCUUCGACUAAGUCCAAAUUGCCAACCGGAUCCUCGCAUUGGUAUUGGGCUCUGCCUAUGGGCCAUGGAUUACAAGGCGAAGGCUAAAGCAGCCUGGCAGCGAAGCUUAGAAGUAAAUCCUAACGGAGGCGCUGCUUCGCUUCUUCUCGGGCUGGAAGCUCUGAAUGCGAGUAAGGACGAGACUCAGACACAAGAAGAGCGGAAGACGACAUUUCUUACCGGCACUCGUUACAUCGAGAGGGCCUUCAAGGCUAACCAGAGGAACUCGGCUGCUGCCAACGCGCUGUGCGAAUUGAUCCUUCUAAAGGGGCAAUACAAGAUGGCAUUGAAACUAGCAGAGCGUGCGAUCCAGUUCACGGACGUCAAGGCCAUUCUGACAGAUGGGUACAUUCGAGCAGGCCGUGUUUCCCAUUCAAUGGGAAACAAGGCUGAUGCCAGGAAACACUACAAACUCGCCUUGAAAGGCCAGCCAGCCAACAUGCUUGCGAACAUUGGUCUGACGCAGAUGCAAGUCAAGGAUGAUGAACUGGCUGCCGCUAUUAACACGUUGGAUUCCUUCCUUCAGCAGGCGCAAAGUUCGCGUCAGCGUCCGGUCGAGGCCAUGGUAAUGCUUGCCUCACUUCGCGCGAAUCCUAUUCCUGGAAUCGGCGUCACGGAGAAGGGUAAGGCACGAGAACUGUAUGACCAAGUCAGCAAGCUCCUCGGCCUGCCGGACUCUCUUACGCAUUCCACGAACGGCAAUCACCCACACCAUACGGGACGGUCGUCAAGGAGGAUUGCAGAGGAUGUAGACAUGCACAUCGAGAUCGCGCGACUUUGGCAGGACGACAAUUUGGAACGUAUGCAACGAGCACUGAAGGAGGCGUUGCGGAUAAGCGAGGUCACCAGCAAGCCGAACUCUAAACUUGUCAACAACGUCGCCGUUCUCGAGUACCUUGAUGGGAACCUCGGGUCUGCGCGGUCAAUGUUCGAAAAUGCCAUCGUUCAAGCAACGACGCUGGACUCAGCGACCGCUGACGACAUGUCAACCACGACGCUGUAUAACCUCGCGCGGACGUACGAAGAGCAAGGCGAGGAAUCCAUGGCGAAGGAUGCGUAUGAGAAACUUCUGGAUAGACAUCCAGAAUACGUUGAUGCGAAAAUCCGACAAGCGCAGAUGCUGGCGGAUCUCAACAAGCACAACGAAGCCCACGACCUUCUCAAGCAAGCUCUCGCCUCAGAACCCAACAACCUGAACCUCCGUGCAUACUACACAUACUUCCUCGUCCAGUCCAACCUCCCGAAACCAGCCAAGGAAUUCGUCUUCGCCACUCUCAAGGAUCACGACAGGCACGACUUGUACUCACUCUGUGCAGCUGCCUGGAUCCAGUACUACCAGGCCCGAGAGAGCCGUGACCCCUCGCCGAAAGGCAUCGAGGAGCGGAAACGCAGCUUCCAGCGGGCAGCUGACUUUUAUCAGAAGGCGCUAAGCAAAGACUCGACGCUUGCAGUAGCGGCGCAGGGUCUGGCCAUCAUCAUUGCAGAGGAUGCUUUGGGUACCCUAGGCGGUGCUCUCGGUCCUCCUGCCCACGAUGAGGGCAUGAAACGGCUGCAAAACGCUCGGGAGGCGUUGGAUGUGUUCGCGAAGGUGCGAGAGUCGUUGAAUGACGGGAGUGUAUACAUCAACAUGGGGCACUGUUACUAUGCGCGAGAUGAGUUUGACCGUGCCAUUGAGAGCUACGAAGCGGCGUCAAGGCGAUAUUACAGCGGUCAGAACGUUGCCGUGCUGUUGUGCCUAUGCAGGUCGUACUACGCCAAGGCGACUCGCGACCAGUCAUUUGCCGUCAUGAAUACCGCGCUGCAAUAUGCCCAGAAGGCAUACCAUCUGAAUCCGUCAGACAAAGCGAUCCUCUAUAACAUCGCCAUGAUCCAACAGAAGGCUGCAGAGAUGCUUUUGUCGAUAGCGCCAACGAAACGUUCCCUCAAGGACCUCGAGCUGGCGAUUCAGCAGGCAACGCACGCUCAGAAGCUAUUCGCGUCUCUUGCCGCGGACAAAUCGCAAGUGGUACCCUACAGCCGUGAUAUGGCCGAUCAACGGCGGAAGUAUGGAGACAGUAUGCUCCGGCGAUGCGAUGAACAUCUGGCUACCCAACGACAACAUGAAGCUGAGGCCCAUGCAAAACUUGACGCUGCACGGCAGAAGCGUCAACAAGAAAGGGAACAGCAAGAAGCAUUAGAGCGUGCGCGUGUGGAAGAACUCAAGCGCGAAGCGGAACAACUCGCAGAAGAACGGCGGAAAGCGCGUGAGCAGGCAUUGGAAUGGACACGGGACAUCAAAUUGGAGAGUGAUGAAGAGCGUGAACGCAAAGCUGCGAAGAAAGCUAAUCGGCGCGUCAAGACUGAAGUUGGAAGCGGUGACGAAGGGUUAGCUCCGGAACCACGCAAGAAGCGACGGACCGGUAAGCUGAAGAAGUCGGCUGGCGGGGAAGACGGGGAGGAUGCGGCUCUGUUCAGCGGCGACGAAGAUGAAAAACCUGCUAAGAAGCGACCAUCGAAGAAACGCGUUGUUCGGGACGACGAGGAUGAAGAUGAGCCCGCAGGCGCUCCUCGGAAAAAGCAGAUCAAAAGUAGGGAGUACAUAUCGGACUCAGACGAAGAUAUGUCGUGACCUUUCUGAUUUGUUUCCCAUCCCGCUCUGCUCGCUCUGUCAUACUGUAUCGUACUUGCACGCAUCUGUAUCUCUCAUCCUGCAUAUUUGUUACUUACUAAUGAACGAAUGGAUUUUGUUGUUGUGUGAUGAAGCGUUCAAGAGGGGCGUCAUUGUCUAAACUUAACUUACUUACUUACUGUAAGUAAGCAUAGUAGCCGUUGAAACCAUGAAUCGAUCGGUCGUGUAUAACGUUUC